UAGACCUCAUAAGCAUAAUUUCCGAAUAGAAGUGAAGAUCGUGCUUGAAUAGUGAUCAUGAGUCGAUUGUUAUUUUCAUUCUUUAUGUUAGGUGUCCUAGCCAUUGUGUUGGCAGACGAAGAAAAAUAUCCAACGAAAUAUGAUAAUAUCGAUGUGGAUAAAAUUCUAGAGAAUGACAGAAUAUUGAAGAGUUACAUUGAUUGUUGUUUGGACAAGGGAAAUUGUAAUGCUGAAGGACGAGAACUGAAAAAACGUAUCAAGGACGCUAUGGAAACCUCAUGUGAGAAAUGUAGUGAAAUACAGAAGAAGGCGGUAAAGAAGGUUGGAAGGAAACUGUACAAAGAAAAGCGUGAAUGGUGGAAUGAACUUUGUGACCAUUACGACCCUGAGCAUAAGUUCAGGACCAAAUUUCAAAAGUUCAUAGAUGAAGAAAUAGUUGGAGGACAUGACUAGAUAACUUCAUAUCUUUACAAAUAGAGAAUUAUUAUUGAUGACUCUUAGAAUCAAUGUAUAACUUUACAACUAAAUACAACCUUGCGAUAUUCAAAGCUCAUCUUCUAUUUUAUCUGGAUCGAAAAUAUUUUUUAAUGAUGAAUAUACUAUGUAAUUGUGGAUGAAUAAAAACAAAUGAGAUAUUGAA